ACAGAGGAAUGUAUAUUUUGUGCAACGACAGAAAGAUUCUGUCUUGCUGUGCGCUAAGCCAAACUUAUAUGGUUGAUCAAAGAAUAUAAAAAUGGGUUGCGAAUGGGGCGAAGCAAAUCACACAUAUUUCCAAUUGGCGAAUUUGUUUCUUGCUUUUACGUAUUUUGUUCCAAACAGUAUGAAGGGUUUGAUUUUUAUGCGUUUGUUUCUCGGUAGUGCUGGGUUUUGUUUUACCAUGUGGGCCGGAGUUAUACUGUGUUCGCCUGACACCUUCGGAUGGAAUUUUAUUUUCAUGAUUAUUAAUUUCGCGCAUGUCAUCUACUUGCUUUAUACAAUGCGACCAAUCAAAUUUCCAGAAGAACAAGAAGUUAUCUUUGGCAAUAUGUUCGAAUCGCUUGGUGUUGCAAGAUGGCAAUUUAAGUUGAUCGCAUCAAUUGCUAAAAAACGUGAGUGGAGUCAGAAUGAAGUCAUUGCAACGGAGGACUUAACAAUGUGCGAAGAUCUAUGCAUAGUGACAAGCGGAAGUGUGCGUGUAAUAAAGAACGGUAAAUUCCUCCAUCGCAUCAAAGCAUACGAAUUUAUAAAUUCACCAGAAUGGAUUAAAAGUACUCAGUCAGGCGGUGCUCUCCCAAUACCAUACGAGGUGACAAUUAUCUCAGAUGGAUGUAUUGUAAUAUCGUGGAGGAGAAAUCAAUUAAGGAAUGCAUUGAGAAAGGGAGCGUUUUUAAAGAAUAUAUUUGAUUUGCUUAUCGGUCAAGACGUCACCAAAAAAUUGUUUAAUACUAGCCAAAUGGUAGCUAACUCAGGUGGAAUACCAAAUCAAUUUUACAAUUUAUCAGAUGAUGUGUCGAGACGCUCGUACAGUCGAAUAUAUGAUGCAAACGGGACAGAUUCAGAAAUACAAGUCAAUGGAAAAUAUGUAAAUGCUGAUUGCAAUCAAAAUGAUGAUAGUAUUACAGUACAUGCACCUUGUACUACAGAAGCUAAACCAACUUAAGUUUUUACCUAACAAGAAUUUCGUAAAAAAUAAUAGGAUGGAUUCUUGUAAGAAGUAAAAAUUAAUAACAAUGUUUAUGAUGAUAAAAAAAAAUGAAAUGGAAUUAGACGUAUCUAAAAAAUUAUAUUUUUAGUUUGAGACGCGUUUGCUAAUAAACUAUAUAUAUUUUUAUUAUCUCGCCUGUAA